AUGGGCUCGGGUACCUCGACACAGACCACCCAGAACAAUCUGGUCGGAAUGGGCCGCCUGCGAGAGGACAUGAAGAUGUACAGGCUUGUCGACAUGCACGGCGGCGGCGAGCUCAUCCCGUGGCUCAGAUAUGCCAUGAUAAGUAAUGACAACUCGUUCAUCGAUGCUUACAUCGAUACCAAAGUUCGCGAGUUCAUGUAUAACGGCGGAAAAGGGAAAUUGGUCACCGUUACCGAGUUGGUGAAGCUGCGAAACAAGGAGCGCAAUGAGCGUUUGGGCGCAUUCUCGCGAAAAAAGGGAAAAGGCAAAAGUGGUCCGAACGUGUUGGACGACUUCAAUCAAGAAGGCGAGAAUGUUGGCGAUUUGAAAAAAGCGCUGAAAUUGUUGGACGGCGGCGGAAAAGGCGGCAAGAAUGAAUCGAAAUAUCGCGAAAUCGCGUGGAAGCUCGAGGAUCGAGGGUCCAUGGGUGAAACCAUCAUCGGGUGUUGCCUAUUGCACGCCACUGAGAUCCACAACAAAUUGGUGCUUAAAAUUAUCGAAGCUUAUCCGAAAUUGAUCAACGACAUUCACAUUUCCGAGGAUUUCUAUGGUCUAAGCCCAUUACAUCAGGCGAUCAUUAAUCAAGACUGCCAACUCGCUUACAAAUUUCUGAAACUCGGCGCCGACGUCAACGCGAGAUGCUACGGCGCGUUUUUUUGCGCCGACGAUCAGAAGGCGUCGCGCACCGAUUCGCUCGAACAUGAAUAUGUCGAGUUGUCGCAGAAGACCAAUUAUACCGGAAACAUGUACCUUGGUGAGUACCCAUUAUCAUUUGCGGCUUGUCUCGAUCAGCCGGACCUUUUCCGCCUUCUCAUCGCCUUUAAGGCCAAUGUCAACGCGCAGGACACUAAUGGAAAUACGGUGCUGCACAUGUGUGUGAUUCACGAGAAUGUGAAAAUGUUCAAAUUGGCUCUUGAGCACGGCGCGAGCCUUCGAGCCGUCAACAAGCAGAGCCUUUCGCCGCUCACGCUGGCCGCCAAAUUGGCGAAGAAGGAGAUGUUUCGCGAGAUUCUUGAGCUCGAAGGCGACAGCGUCUGGGCUUAUGGUCACGCUUCUUCAACAUCCUAUCCGUUGGCGAAGAUUGACACAAUCAAUGAGACGAGCGGCGAGAUGAAUGAAGCGUCAGCCUUAUCAUUAGUGGUGUAUGGGCAAACCGUUGAGCAUUUAGAGCUUCUUGAUGGUCUCCUCGAUACCGUAUUGGAAGCUAAAUGGGAAGCAUUUGCAAAAAGAGACAUGAUCAUUUCAUUUGUCUCGUUUACCAUCUAUUAUAUUAUUUUCGUCGCGGCGUUCACUCUAAGACCCAUCGGAUUCUCAACAGAGAUGCUCACUGAAGGCUGGAUCAAUCGCUAUUCGGAGCCAUUCCCUGGAAAAUACGAGUAUUACAACUAUAAAACGAAUUCCGGCGUUCCGGUUAUCAAUGUGACCAAUAAGGGCCUUCAACAAUGGAGUGCCGAAUUGUCACAAUGCCAUUUGCGAAAUGUCUUCGAUACCAGUAUACCAUGGCCAAACUCAAAGCUGCGAUUCGCAUUCGAAGUCCUUGUCGUCAUCGGCGUCACAUUUCAAAUCACUCUUGAUCUCAUCGACAUCAAAAGAAUCGGACGUAAAAAAUGGUUCGACGUUUUGAAAGCGUUUCCGGCGAAAAUCACCUACAAGUGCACAUUUAUUCUGGUAUUUGCGAUGAUACCAAUCCGACUCGCGUGCUCCGUGAGCCCAGUGUUCCUCGUGAUUGACAACGUGCUCAUCGCGAUCACCAUGAUAUUCACUACAAUCCAUUAUUUAUUUUUUUGCCGAGUCAUCCGAUUUGUGGGACCAUUCGUGCUGAUGGUGUAUACCAUCAUCGCGACCGACAUCUUUCGAUUCAUGCUUAUCUACGGCAUCUUCCUAAUGGGCUUCUCGCAAGCGUUCUCCCUCAUAUUCCUUUCAUGUGAAAGGGAAGCGAACAUCAUUAAAGAUCUAAUUACGAACCUUGCGUCGGUUGCCAAUCCCACAGACCGCCAAAAUGUGACCAACUUACUUUCCGCGUAUGAUCACGUGAUUAUCAAAAACGCCGAGGCUUUCAAGAAUAUUGUUCAGAGUCCUGUGGAUGCGUUCGUUCGUACCUUCAUUCUAACCAUCGGCGACUUUACCGUACUCUACCGUAAUCUUGCUUUGUGUCCCGCCAAGACAAUGGUCUGGAUUGGAAAGAUCGUUUUCAUAAUCUUCGAGCUUUUCGUGAGUAUUAUGCAGUUCAAUUUGCUGAUUGCCAUGAUGACGCGAACCUACGAAACAAUCUUUCAAACCCAACAAGAAUAUAAGAGACAGAGGGCUCAAGUCAUUCUCAUGUUAGAGCUCUCGCUGAGCCCCAAAGAUCGUCUUGAGUAUCUUUUGAAAUAUUCGCGGCCCACGGGAACCAAUAAGAAGUCGCGAAGUUUGGUGGUCAACAAAAAAGCAACGUUCAACCAGGAUUCCAAGGAGGAGCAACAGGCUCGCGAGGAAAAAGCGCGAAAAAUCGCCGAGGAGAAGCGUGCGCUUCUCAAGCGAAAAAUGAAGGAUCUCGAAAUGAAGGAGGGCCUUCGACCGGUCACCGGAUUCACACGAUCGCCCCGACCGCACACACAAUAUCUGAAUCGAUUGCGGACCGGGCAACCGCAAAAUAACUAA